AUGUACUCCUUCAUUACACAACCUCUGAGUGGUUACAUGUUUUAUAUUGCUGUUACUGUGCGAUCCGCGACGCAUAAAGUCAAGGAAGGGGAGGCUCCGGAGUCAGCGAAAUCUCGGCGGCAGUGGGAGAAAGAGUCGUGCCCCCCCCCCUUCCCCCGUCAGAGUGAGUUCCGGAGCCCGGCGCUUUCUGUGCGUGCCAGCACUGAUGCAGGGACAGCAGGAGCCCUGACUCCUCAGCAUGUCCGAGCUCAUUCCUCGCCAGCAUCACUGCAGCUGGGAGCUGUUUCUCCAGGGACCCUUACACCUUCUGGAGUAGUGACUGGUGCUGGAGCUCCAUCUUCUCAACAUCUCCGCCAGUCCUCAUUUGAGAUCCCUGAUGACGUACCUUUGCCACCAGGCUGGGAGAUGGCUAAGACACCAUCUGGCCAGAGAUACUUUCUUAAUCACAUUGAUCAGACAACAACAUGGCAAGAUCCUAGGAAGGCCAUGCUUUCCCAGAUGAACGUUACAGCUCCCACCAGUCCUCCAGUGCAGCAGAACAUCAUGAAUUCAGCAUCAGGCCCACUCCCCGAUGGAUGGGAACAAGCUAUGACCCAGGAUGGAGAAAUUUACUACAUAAACCAUAAGAACAAGACCACAUCUUGGCUAGACCCAAGGCUUGACCCACGCUUUGGUAAAAGUUCAUCUCACUUCAGAAUUUUUGAUCCGCUUCAGUUCACUUAGCAGCUUUCAUUCUGCAGGCAUAUUUUGGAAACUUUUUGUAGUAAGAUUAAAUAAGAUUAAAAUAUAUUUUAAUUUGAAUCAUAGAGAUUUUUUUUUCUUCAGAAUUAGCGUAUAUCCUGUAGGAGUAUAGUCACCGAAGGUUCUAAUGCUAGAGGUUGGGAUUUUGCCAUAUGAUCCAUACAGUUCCCAAACUUGGUUGCAUUCAGGAACUAUUUAUCUGAGACGGUUUUGUCCAAGCUCCCUUAAACUUGCAAAACUUUGCACCAGAAAAGCCUUUUAAUUCCCGCAUAAACAAUUAGUUUCCUUUACACUGUCCUAAGGAGGUCAUUCUCUAAUAGCAAUUUAUGCUCUUUAAAUACACUUGAAACAUAUACCAGCUUAUAAUUCCAGCUUGUCACAGUGAUGAUCAUGACAAAAAUUUCUAUUUUAAACAAUAUGGAGAGAAAUGUUUAGUUCCUUUGUUUCUACCUUAAUCUUCUUUUUGAGGGGUAAAGAAUAUUAAUUAGACUAUGUAACUUGAAAAGAGAAAUAGUCACUUAAAUAAGAGUCUGAAUGUAAAUAUUUUAUGCAAUAGAACUGAUAUUUUAGGUUUCUGGCAAUAUUUGUCCUCUACACUAAAAGCAGAGUUGCAGACUUUUCAGUAAAAUACUGCCAUUAUUGAUACAAAUAGCAAUAGAAUAUAAAUAACAUUGUUAAGAGACAUCCAAAUGAGCUCCUUAGAUCAUCCAAGUGAUUGUUCUUAUGUAUUCAAAGUGGUUUAUUUUUGUAAGAAGUCAUGACCUGUGUGUAUUUAAACUUUAUUAGAUGUAUGUAUUUGUCUUUGAUCUGUUUUCCGAAUAACUUACUAUUUUCAACUCCUUUGGAUUUUAGUUAUUUUUCCACAGCUAUGGAAAAACUGGUAGGGGUAAAACAACAAAAAAAUCAUUGUCGUUUUCAAGCUUUAGUUUUGGACUCAGUGCAACUAAAUGAAAACAGUGUGCAGAUCACUGAGUAGGUCAGGCUGAGGGGAUACAAAGCCUUUGAAGCUUUGCAGGGGUUGACCUAACAACAACUGUGGGCCCCUUUUGGGAGAGGCAUUAACUCCAUGAAUGCCAUAUAAACACAGAGCUGCAAAACUCAACAGUCCCCGUUCUGUUUUGUUUUUCUGAAAUGGCUGUUAGAAUUUUCAACGUUUUUGUUUUGUAGGCUUAAGUGCUUACAUUAAACAUCUGUUUGCUCUUAUGGAAAACACUAGAUUGUCACACUGUUCAUAAACUGCUCACUAGUUUGUAGACAGGUUGAACCACUGUGCAAUUUGAGCCCGAAGGUGGGGCAUAUACGUAUGUAUUGAUGAUUGUCAGCUUUGGCAGAUGUCCAUGUUGACUUUGACACCCGCCUGCAGGUUGCAGACCUGUUUGUGUAUUGCAAGAGGAGUGUGUGGAUAAUUUGCGACUUCACAAUUACUAAAUAAGUGAACAAGGCUUAAAAGGAAGCAGUCGUUUUGAAAAUCAGUGUUGCCUCUUGCAGUGAAAAGAGGCAGUCAAUUAUAUUUUCUUAAGUAAUCUGGCAGUAUGUAUAUAUUGCUUUUCUUUAUAUUACUUUAGAGUUUAGACUGACAAGAGCUGGAUAGACCAGCUGGAUCUGAAAAGGAGUGUGGAAAAGGCUUUAAUUGACCAAGGUCAUGAGUGAGAUGAAUCUUGUUUCUCAGAGCUAUUUUGUACUUCUGUAAAUAGUACGUCUAAUUACAAGGGUAAAAGCUACUUGUCUUGUGUACGCUGAAAGUCCAUGAAAAGUUAAGGCUGUGCAGUUAAAGUGAAAGAAGUUAGAAAUGUCCAAAAGACUGCAUAAGGGUUUCUUGCUGCAUAGCUUCCCUUUUUGGGCCCACUGUGUAUGUGUAUCCCAGACAGGCUUGAGUACGUGCCAAGGCUCUUUAUUUCGUGGUCGGACUUUUAAUCUGUUCCAGACCUUUUCAGUCAAAGAGCUCAAGUGUAACUGA